CUAAGUCCUACAUCAAUCUUAUUUAUCUUCAUCAUUUACUUAGGGCUGUUUAUAUUACUAGAGGAAACAAAGCUACUAGAUUAUUACCAAUAUGAGACCUACCUGUAGGCCAUUGUGUCUGCAGAUUCUUAUAGCUUUCUUUGCUCUAAUAUCAACUGCAUCAGCUGAUGAUAGAAAAACCUACAUAAUUCACAUGGAUAAUUCUAAAGUCUUGGAACUGAAAAGUUCAUACAAGCAACCUCAAGAAUGGUAUGAAGAGAUUUUACAGUCUACCAGAACAUCAUCAGCAGCAGAUGGAGAUGAUGAUCUGUAUGAAGCAUUGGCACCUGAGCUUCUGUACACCUACAAGAAUACUGUCACCGGCUUUUCAGCUAAACUCACCCACGAACAAUACAAGUCGUUAAUCGAUAUUGAUGGAGUAAUUCAUGCAGUUCCUGAUGAUACACGACGCAUCCAAACAACAUAUUCGCCUUAUUUUCUUGGCCUAGAAUCAGGUGGAAAAGCAGGGUUAUGGAAUGCAAGGAAGUUGCAGAAGCCGACAUCUGAUGUCAUAAUAGGUAUUAUUGACACUGGAAUUUGGCCAGAACAUAUCAGUUUUUCUGACACAGGAUUGCCUCCGGUUUCAUUGAGAUGGAAAGGUGGCUGUGAGGAAGGGACAAACUUUUCAACUAAAAACUGCAACAAUAAGCUUAUAGGUGCCAAGGCUUUCUUUAAAGGAUAUGAGGCGAGUUAUGGUAGGAUCAACUCUUCUGUUGAAUUCAGAUCUGCCAGGGACUCUGUUGGACAUGGGACACACACUGCAUCUACUGCAGCAGGAAAUGCAGUCCCUGGUGCGAGCUUCUCUGGAUCGGCUCAGGGUAUUGCUCGUGGAAUCAGUUUCACAUCAAGAAUAGCAGCAUAUAAGGUCUGCUGGGCAAGGGAUUGUACUAAUUCUGACAUAUUAGCAGCCAUAGAUCAAGCAGUAGCCGAUGGAGUUGAUGUUCUUUCACUCUCCCUAGUAGCAGACGCUAUACCUUAUUACCAAGAUAGCGCGAUCAUAGCAGCUUUGGGUGCAUCGCAAAAAGGUGUUUUUGUGUCAUUUUCUGCAGGAAACUCUGGUCCUCUCCCUUCAACUGUUGGCAAUACAGCACCUUGGGUGAUGACAGUUGCAGCCAGCUCCCUUGACCGGCGCUUCAUGGGUGAUGUACAGCUAAGUAACGGGAUAAAACUCAGUGGUGCCUCCAUCUAUUCAAGUAAUCAGAAGAAAACUAAGGAACUCCCACUCGUGUACAACCAAACAGCUGGUUACAUAAAGGGUGCAGAGUACUGUCUCCCUGGAUCCCUAUCUCCUAGUCUCGUGAAAGACAAGAUCGUUGUUUGUAUGCGUGGAAUUAAUUACAAAACAGCAAAAGGAUUAGUAGUAAAAUCAGCAGGAGGAGCUGGUAUGGUACUACUUAACACUCGCUCUGACGGAGAAGAGCUUGUAGCAGACCCUCAUGUUCUACCAGCCACUCUACUUGGAGCUUCAGCUUCCAAGGCCAUCAAAGGUUACCUUAAACAACACAAAAGCUUAACAGCCUCGAUUUCUUUUCGUGGUACAACAUUCGGAGCAAGAUCACCAAUGAUGGCUUCCUUCUCAUCUAGGGGACCGAGCCCUUUAGACCCUUACAUCAUUAAGCCUGACAUUACUGCACCAGGAAUCAACAUUCUGGCAGCUUGGCCUCCAAUAUCUCCCAUAACUGAACUAAGUAAUGACAAGAGAAGGUCUCAAUUCAAUAUAUUGUCAGGUACUUCUAUGUCUUGCCCUCAUGUUAGUGGCAUAGCAGCUCUUAUAAAAUCAGUCCAUAAAGAUUGGUCACCAGCUGCUAUAAAAUCAGCCAUAAUGACCUCUGCUUAUACUCAUGAUAAUAAAGGCCAUCUGAUCUCUGAUUUAUCCAACACUACCAAGUUCGCGACUCCUUUUGAGUUUGGUUCUGGUCAUGUUAACCCAGGUACAGCCUUGAAUCCGGGUCUACUGUAUGAUAUCACAGGUGAAGACUACUUACAGUAUUUAUGCAGUAUUAAUUACACUAAUGCUCAGGUCACAAUUUUGGCAAGGAAGAAAUACAACUGCUCAAGUAAUGAGAAGGGGAAAGCCCUUCAGCCUGGUAACUUGAACUAUCCUUCUUUCGCCGUCAUUUUGGAUGCUAACAGAAGAAGAAAGACUACAUUGACAUACAAGAGAACAGUGACUAAUGUAGGAACUGCUAGGAUUAGUUACAAGGUUGUUGUAAACAAACCUAAAGGUGUGGAAGUAAGUGUUGUGCCAAAGGUGCUAAAUUUUAAGGAAGUGGGAGAGAAGCAAAGUUACAAGGUUAGUUUUAGUGUUACUACAAGUAGGAGUGUUUCUUCCUUUGGAUCUUUGAUUUGGAUGGGUGGAAGUUAUAGUGUUAGAAGUCCUAUUGCAGUAACUUGGCAGUAGUUUAGAUUAGUGAUUCUCUCGUUGUUUACACAGAAUUUGUGGAAGAGGAUUAUGUAUCAGUUAUUAUUGUUGUUACUUGUCUGAUUUUCACAUUCAAAUAAUAAAAUAUUUACAAAAUUCACUCUGACUAUUAUUUGUAAUUUAUAAGGAAACAAGGACAGUCAAAUAGAAUAUCUUUGUUUGAUUUAUUUUACAAUAUCAA